UGUUUUGGGAGCUGGAUUGACAUAGCAUGCUAGGUAGCUAGUAAAACAGUUAGCUUCUCAAACCUCUCUCUUAAGUUAUCACAGCCGCUGACACUUGCAUAAAAUGUCCAACCUACAGGACGGCCACAGGAAGGACCUCAGGUCAAAGCGGUGAGUGUGGUGACUGACAGGCACCUGUUUGGGAAAGGAUGCCAGAGAUGACGGAAACCGAGACAACUGGUCGAAAACCCAAAAAGAAGAAAAACAAAGAAUCCCACAAUGCUGUCGAGAGGCACCGCAAAGAGAAGAUAAAUGCAGGGAUCAACCGCAUUGGCAAUCUGCUGCCCUGUUCACAAGCACUCAAACAGAGUAAGAACAUGAUCCUGGACCAGGCCUUUCGCUACAUCACCGAGCUGAAAAAACAAAAUGAUGCAAUGCUCCUGGAAGGCGGUGAUAAAGUCCAAGCGGAGGAGAUCCGACGACUACGGCGUCAUUGCGAGGAUCUUCGCAAGGAGAGCGCCCACUACAUCGAGCUUCUCAAAGCCCACGACAUCAAUCUCCUGGAAGACCCCACGGUCCACUGGAAGGGCAAACAGCGCUGUGCCAAAGUGGCCAAAGUCACGCCCACUCAUCAGCUGCCCAAGGGCAUCAUCGUCUAUUCCGACGGCAACGUGAAGCGCCCCGCGGGAAAAGAGACGAGCCCCGGGAAGCAGCCCUCAGACACCUUAAUGCUUCAGCCCCCAUCGGAGGUGAGCGCAGGUGUGAGGGGAAACGGAGCCUUGCUCCAAGUUACUUCUUCCGCUACCUUGCUUAACUCUGGUACGAGCCUCGCCACGGCGGAGCAGCGCGCCAUUGAGAAGCCGCCGCCUUCCGUGUCCUACAUCACCCUCCAGCUACCGGCCGGGAACACCGGCUUGCCACCUGCCGCCGCCGCCGCCCUGACCAACGUAGCUCCCAGUUCAGCCUCUCAGCUUCCGCCGGCCGUCUCCUGCCUCGCCACAAUAAAUCAGAGUGCAAAGGACGCCGCCCUCAGGACUGUAGGUUACACUGCCCUCCCCAACAGUCAAGGCCUUCUCAGAACGGGGGCGGCGGGGAGCACGCAAACCACGUGGACGACGCUGCAAAUGGCAGGCAACACGGUGCAGCCCGUUUGCCAGAGUCUCGGCAGCGCCGUCCACCAGGUGACAGUGUGUCCUCCCGUUCAGCCCAUUCAAAUACAAAUGCAGCAGCCGCCUCCUGUGCCUGUACAACAGGCCCCCAUCAGCGCACAUAUUCAGGCCAGGCCGCCCCAGCUGCGACCCGCCAUCCCGGUCCUCGCCCCGCAGCCCCAAUGCGCCGUGCUCCCGCAGCCGGCCGCCGUGCCUCAACCCCAGUCGGCCGUCCUCCAGCCGGCAUCUCUCGUUCCUCAGCCCCCGGCGACUCUUCUCCCUCAAACUCCGCAGCAGGCCACCGUGCUGCCCCUCCUUCAGACCAUGCAGGUACUGCAGGUCAAGCCGAGCGGCGCGGCGGCCACGGCGCCGCAGAGCGGCAGCAACCCCAGCGUGGUCAUUCUGCAGCAGGCCAACUCCUGCCCGAGUCAGCCGGUCAUGAGAGAAGAAGCGAGCAACCCGACACCCUGUCAACAUAUCGUCAUCAUCCAAGCUCCCAAUCAAGCCGCCGCGCCCGCCCCUCACAAUCCCAAGGUCGGCUUGGUGCCCUCCACAGCCGCCGCCUCCAUAACGGCGACUCAAACAGCCAACGCUUCAACGGCCACGUUGCAGAGUGUGGGCGGGAAGCAGCUGGUGCCCAUUCUCCCACGUCCGACUCAGCCUCCAGCGAGCAAUUCAUCGCAGAUGAGCCAGGCGUCUGCCGGCGCCCAGACCAGCCCGCAAACCAUCACUGUGAACGGGCAGGUUUUUGCCUUAAAGCCCGUGAAGACUUUGGACAAAAACGCUUCCCAACGUACAAUCCAACUCGUCCAGCCUACCACCACGGAGGAACCCACCACCAACGUGGCUCUCAAGAGUCUCGGGGCCCUCAGUAGUCUGAACCAGAGCAUCUCUCAGGGCCUUCCGCUUAGCAUUUCUAGCCAGAGCGCCAACGAGGGCCCGCCUCCGGCUGCGCCAUCCGCCGUGGUCCAGCCCAAACGACAGCCUCCUGCUCCCGCCGGGACAGUCCCCGGAGCCACGGUGGUCCCGCCCGUCCGCUCAUUCCAGGCUCCCGAGCCGAGUCGGGUUACAUCCGGACGAGCGGCGAGCGGCGGGCCCAAGCCUCCCGGAAAGAGCCAGCGGACGACGCCUCGUGCUAAACGCUCAACAGCCAAAAGGACCAAAGCGUCAAAGAAAAGUCAGCUCAGCCAGGCGAGAGCAUCUCGGGCCUCAGACAUUCCUCCCGGAGCCGCCACGACGGCAACUGCCCAAACCACACCGAGUGUCACUUCCCCAAAAAGCCCGCCAAAAAUUGUUACAUCCGGCGGCUCGAACGUAUCGAGUCAGUCCCGGCCGCAAAGUAUGAGCGCAAAUCCCGACGAUGUUAUUGUCAGUAAAGCUACCACAAGUGUUGCGCUGAGCGCAGUUGCGAGCGUCGGCGCCACAUCGGUCACGCCUUCGCCGAGCGGAGCCGUGGCCACUAAUGACAACGCCACCGCGGCUUCAAACGGAGGCUCGGCGCCGAGCGAGACUGUCGGAUCCGAAGCGAGCGCUGCGGCGACUCGCACGGUGCAAAGUAACGUCGCUCUCCUCUCUGCGCCGUCUAAAGCAAGCACGAGCGUUGUCACGACUACGAGCGCUGACGCCGUAAAUGGUAGCGCCGCCGUGAACGGCGCCACCGCUGCUCGCGCCGCAUGUCCUACUUCAAUAAUUGCCACGAGUCAGACUACACAAUCGGUGUCUUGUCCCCAACGACCUACCGACAUCAAAUCAGUGCCUUGUAGUAAAGAGUCCACCGCUUCAUCCACAACUCCGCUGUCGGCGGUUAGCGCAACGCCUGACUCGACGGUGCCGACCCAAGUCAAAGUUCCUCAGCCGGCGGCCAAGAACCGACAGGCCCAGGAAGAAAGACCCGCUCCAGGUUUAGCACCAUCCACACCUGAUAAGAAAGACCUUGUGGCAUCUCAAGGGCUUUACACUAACCUUGAUGACCAAACUGUAGAGCCUCCCGUGACGGACGCUUCCAUGUCCACGGUCGCAGGGGCAGGCCGGGGCUUCUCCGUGGCCUCCAUGCUCCCUCAAGGUCAGGGUCAGGGCAUGAGUGCCUCUUCCGGCUCCUUUGGAACAUUUACGUUCACGUCCGAACAGGCCGAGAUGCUCGCUUUGGCCAUGUUAGAACAAGACAGCCCAGGGAGGAGGGCCGGGAGCUGCGGCAGGAACGAGGCGCCCCCGUGGCAACCGCCCAAAGCUCCCGCUAGUAAAGAAAAAGCCCCCGCCGCUGUGCAGCAGGUGGAAGUCAGCAAACCUGCAGAUGCAGCCAAACCUCCAGUUCAGGUGUCUGUCAGAGGACAGGUUGGCAACGGGUCCGUCGGUGGGAUCAGGCAUCCGCAGAACCCGGCUCAUCUCAUCACAUACACCCAGUCUCAGGUCCAGACUCAGAGCUCAGCCCAAAGUGGCACCGGCGCCAGCCUGAGCAUCAACAACCUGAUCAGGCCCAGCUCCUCUCAGCAAUCCUACUCGGGCUCUCCCAGUCUGCCGAACCAGCAGUGCCCGGUGCCCUCGCCGGCCGGCGCCGCCGCCUCGGUCCACAUUUCCCAACAGUCCAACAACGCGCUCUCGCCUUGCUCGGGCGCCGCUCAGCUGAACGAGUACGCCCCCAUGAAAACAGCUUUGAUGAGGGCUCAGGCGGAGCGACAAGUCAAGAUUCUCUCCAAGCGCCAAGCUCAGGAAGAGGCGAUGCUCAACACAGGCAAACGAGCAAAGCCGUGCCCGCCGCCGGCGCCCACUGUGGGCCACAUGGACGUGAAAGGAGCGGACCACGGCCAGAUGAUGGGAGGACAACUGCCUCCCUCAUCCUCGGCCAUGGCGAGGAUUAACACGGAAGGCUCGCUCUUCUCCACAAACUCAUUCAUGAGCCCCGUAGUCCGAGCCGCGGACGCCCACCGCCCCGGUGAGCAGAACCAGCCGGGGGUGCUCCACCCGCCCCAGGCCCAUCCGCAACAUUCUGCAGCCCAGCCGGGCCAGCACCUGGGAGGCAAUCAUUACAUGAAGCAGCAGCAGCAGCAGCAGCAGCAGCAGCAGCAGCAGCACCACCUGUACCAUCUGCAACACCACCUGACCCAGGCGGACCCUGUGCAGCGCCACUCGCUACACCAGAGGGCGCUCCAGCAAGAGCAACAUGCGCAGAAGAAGAGGGGGCUGGUCCGAGGCAGCCAGACCGGCUCGCCCGCUGCCGCCAUGCAACAGAAGCAGCAGCAGCAGCAGCACCACCACCUGGAAAAGUCCACAGUCCAACAGCAGCAUCCGCAUCAGCAGCACGCGCCGCAACCACAGCAGGCCCACCAACAGCAGCAGCAGCAUCAGUCCACGCAGCACCAACAGUCGCAUCCGCAACAGCACCAAGCACCCUCGCAUCAAACUCAGCAGCAGCACCAACAACACCAUCAACAGCUGCAGCAGCAGCAGCAGCAGCAGCAGCAACAGAACUCCCACAGCAGGCACCAGCAGCACCUGCAACAACACAUGCAGCAACAACAGCACUUUAGACACCAGGAGAAGAGCUGCGAGGCACAGGCAGCAGGAGCCCGAGCCCACCACAGCAACCACCUGGCCAAGCCUGGUCAAGACCAUGCUGCCAUGCAGAGGAUGAUGACUUCAAGGAAUCUGGAGCAGCAGCAGCAGCAGCUCAUUUCGUCGCCCGGCAACCCAGCGUCACGUUCGUCCGAGCUGUCGUGCGCGCCGUCCCGCCAGGAGCGCCAUCGUGUCUCGAACUACUCCGCCGAGGCGCUCAUCGGCAAAAGCUAUACGAGCGCCGAGCAGCAGCAGCGCCUGGCGCACCACCUCCAGCCGGCCCGCGGCAGCACCGCACCCGAUCAGGCCGACCUGCGCGGCUACAUGGACGCGUCGGGACGAGGUAAAGGCAACGUGCCGCACAACCCGCAGGGCCGACUCCCCUCGGACCACCCGGGCCCGGCUGACGUUCAGCGCGUGUCGGAGUGCCCGCCGUUCAAAAGCAUGGCGCCUGGACCGGGUGCGCAUCAGCUCGGCGGUUUUGAGGCUCAGGUGUCCCGCGGCGGCAGCGACAUGGCCCCCAAGUCGCAGAGGGCUCAGCAGCAGCAGCAGCAGCAGCAACAGCAGCAGCAGCAGCAGCAGCAGCAGCAGCAGCAGCAGGGAAGCUUCCGAAUGGGCACGGCCCCCUUGGCAGACAGCAGGAACCGCGGCGCGAGCGGCUAUGCGGGUGUCCAUAUCGGGCCGCAGGGGUCUCACGUGGGACCGGCCCUGCUGCGCGAGCAGGAAGCUUGUCAUCAGAGUUUCAUGCAGAGCCUCCUUUCACCUGAGGGGAACCACCAGAGGGCGGUGCAGUGCUGCCCACCAGCGGUCAGCAUGGAGUACCCUUCCACAGACAUCCAGGCCAAAGUCUCCAGUCCCAGCCAGAAACCCUCCGCCAUGAACAAGAGCCACAUUUCUCAGGUCAACACUAAUAUGCACGGCGGCGGCAGCGUGCGGGUGGCCCACCCCCCUGAGCCGGGCCGCUCGCCGGUGGCAUCGAGACCGCCCGUCAGCCAGCACUCGCGCCACGCGCCGCCCGCCAAGCUGCGGGCGGGCGAGCGCCCCCGUUCGGGAACGCUGCGGUCCUCCAACCCCUUUGAGCCCGAGGGCCACCUGCCCCUGCCUUCCGGAGGCGGCGUGCUUCUGGGCCGGCCGCAGUCGGGCGGCGAGGCGCGGCGCAGCACCAUCGUCCGCUUCAUGGCGGAUGGCGCCCAAACGUCUGGCGACAACAACCUGGUCACCGAGCAGCACCUGGCGCAGAACUUUGGCUUCCCGUUCAUCCCCGAGGGUGGCAUGAACCCGCCCAUCAACACCAACUCCACCUUCAUCCCGCCCGUCAGUCAGCCCAACAGCUCGCGCACGCCCUCCCUGCUGCCCGUGGAGCCAGCCAACACCUUACCCUCCUUCUACCCGUCCUACUCGCCGGCCGCCCACCCCAGCCUGCCGGGCGACGUCACCCUGCAGUACUUCUCCAACCAGAUGUUCACCGGGCCCGGAGCCGACAAGCCCAACGCCCCACCCGGCCUCAACAACCGCUUCGGCUCCAUCCUAUCGCCGCCGCGCGCCGUCGGCUUCGCCCAGGCCAGCUUCCCGCUGCUGCCCGACAUGCCGCCCAUGCCCAUCACCAACUCGUCGGGCAUCACGCCGCACAUCUCCAACUUCAGCCUCACCUCGCUCUUCCCAGAGAUCACCGCCGGCAUGCCCGCCGACGGCUCGGCCAUGCCCAUGUCGCCGCUGCUGUCGCUCACCAACGCGUCUGCCGCCGAUUCCAGCAAGCAACACAACAGGCCGGCGCACAACAUCAGCCACAUCCUCGGGCACGACGGCAGCUCGGCCGUGUGACCGACCGACCGACCGCAAAAACGCCGGCGGGCGACGUGCGAGCGAGCGGCCACUCUUUCCAUCGCUUUUGUUUCGUUUCGAUCGCAUUUGUUGACGUGACUGUUUUGAUUGCAUUUGUUUACGCGACUCUUUCAAUUGCAUUUGUUCUGAUCAUUUCAAAGCUUUUUUUCUUGAAGGGGUGCUUCAAGCUUUAUAGGGAACGUUAUUGGUCUGGUGUAUAUUUGUCAUGAGAACUCUUUGCUUUUCCAUUUGUUGUCAAAGAAGAAACCUGCAGCGUUAAUGUAUUUGACUAACUUAUAUCAGGUUGUUCCAUACAGUAUCAAGACUGUUUUGUAAAUACACACGUUUCAUAUCAGAAGGUUAGAUUAUGUAUUUGUAAAUAAAAAAAGAUGAAUUAAUAAAGUUUAUAAGGAAAU